AUGGCCACUCUCCUCUCAUCUCCGCUCGCGCCGGCGCCCAAGUUCGACCUCUUUCAACAGCCGAGCUCGCCCAAAUGCUACGCCAACGAUGACCUCCCCGCCGACUUUGACAAGUCCUUCGGCUCCUCCAUGUCCAUCUCUGACUCCUUGGACGGACACACUCAGGCCUUCCCUGCCUUAUCGCUACCUCCACAGCCCUUUCUCUUCGGAGCGAGCAGCCUCGGUCUUGCUCAGAGCCUAGCAUCAUCCAACAAGGACCAGCAACACCAGCAAGCUUUCUUUCAGAGCGUCUACACCGAGCCAUCAAAGCAGCACCAGCACCAACACCAGCAGCAGCAAUCUGAUUUUCGACCCUCGCCACGCCCUUCCACCACACUCGGUGCUGCAAUGGGCACAACUCUCAACGCUCGCUCCCCUGGUCUCGCCGCCAAGAUGAGCUCUCCUCGGGACAUGGACAUCUCGCCGGCACCUGUUGGCCCCCUCCUCUCGCAUAUCCGCCCCUCGCCGUCAGAUGCGCUUCCCAGGCUCAUGGACAAAAUCCAUGUCGGCGCAUCCGCCAACGCUCCAUCCACCCAAGACCGCCUUCACCCUGUUCUCGGUGGAUCGAGUCGUCCGAGGCCGGUCUCUACCGAACGCAAAUCCUCGCUUCAACUCGCUCACACCAUGUCUUCGCGCCUUUUUGGCGCCGAAAUCGCCCUCAACUCGCAACGCAUCUUUGCUCAGGACCAAGAACUGCUCAGCAGCCCAGAUAAGGAGCCCCCACCUAAGCGCAGGCCCAACUCGCUCCCUACAAGGCAGAGCGAGGCCAACGAGCGCAUCUUUCAGCUUUCCGCCGCACUCAUGGGCGUCGCCUCAGCCAGGCCACGACCUGCCCUCUCGGCCACCUUUGCCGAUCGCGACUCAUCCUUCGCUGCUGCUGCUGCUGCUGCUGCCUCGUCCUCCUCCCGACCCAGCUCGAGCCUGGCUACGCGGAAUCGCCUGUCCGACUCUGGUCUCGUUCCGGGAGUACGUUCUAGCAAGCGCUCUCCUCGUGCGGGCUCGGCCGCUUCGUUCUUCGACCAUGUAGAGAACGAGCUCGGAGCGCGCCCGACGCUUUCGACGCUUUCCCAAGGCGAUCAAAAGCCGGAGGAUGAUCUCUGGCAACGCCAAUCCCUCAUUGGUGAACCCGGCGAUGCGGAUGAAGAGAAUCCCGAAGAUGACAUCAAUCCCUCCCCCUCUCCUUCCAUGAACUCAAUCUCCGGCGCCAUGGCUGACUACUUUUUCGACCCCAUGUCCCCUGAAAAGCUCGGAAGCGUGCUUGGUAUGCCGCCGGCCGAAGGGCACAACUUGCUUGCUGCCAUGUCGAACACCGCUGCUUCCCCCGGUGUCUCUUCGCCUCCUGCUUCGUCCCCAUGCACCAGGAUGCCUCCGCCCAAGCGCACCACAUCCUUGGGAACUCGAGCGUUUGAGCGCGCCAGCACUAUAGCGGUUGUUCCAAGGGUCGCUUCGGGUUCCAGCUCGAGCUCAGGCGUCGGUGCUCUCCGCACCUCUUUGGGCAAGCGUGCCAACCCCUAUGUCAAGCGUCCUUCGCUCACCAACGACCGCCCGGCCGUCAAGAGCGCCUAUCCAGUGCUUGGCAUCAGCGGCCAGACCAACAGGGUGGUUCGCCCUACUGCCCCAGCUCCUCGCCGAUGCUUCUCUGCCUUUGACCAGAGCUCUGUCCUUGGAGGUACUGGAGCCUCGGCGGGACCUUCCAAACUCGGUGUCAACGCCUACAGCGGCAGCGUCGAUUCGCCCGUCUCGCCUGACCGACGUCGUUCCCAGCUUUCUGGACACAGCGAGGUGACGGAUGCCAAUGGAUCGCCCAUCGCUCCUGCAAUGCGCACCCGCGCGCGUCCCGGCUUUUUGCGUCGUGGUAGCAAGGACGACAGCUCUCCUCUGGCGUAUGGUACAGGUCUGAAGCGCAGCGGCUCGCGGGGUAACGAUACCAUGAUGGACGACUUGGCGCUCGGCGAUCCUGCGUACGCCAAUUCGCCUGCCAGUGCAGAAAGCCUGCCCGGCUUUGGUGCAUCGGAAAAGGAGGGCAAAGUCCUUCCUUGCUUCAACGUAAAGGACGAUGGUCUCAUGCGUAUCACGCCUCACACCAUGACUGAUCUGCUCGCUGGCAAGUACACCAACGCCAUCUUGAGCUUCCAGGUAGUCGACUGCAGAUUUGGCUACGAGUACGAAGGCGGCCACAUCCCCGGAGCAAUCAACCUCAGCACGGUCGAUAGGGUGGUGGGACAUUUUCUCAAGCCCGGUCAGGGUCGUCAUGCCAACGGGGAGCAGCUUCCUGAACGAUCUCAGAGUGGCAAAGCGGACAAACUUGGGAAUCGACGCAAGCACGUUUUGGUCUUCCAUUGCGAAUUUAGCUGCAAGCGAGCGCCCACCAUGGCUCUAGCGUUGCGACAGGCAGACCGAGCGCUGGCUCACGACUACCCCAACUGCCACUUCCCCGAGAUCUACAUUCUGCAGGGCGGAUACUGCAACUUCUUCCAGACCUACUCGAACCUGUGCGAGCCUCAGCAGUAUAUCUGCAUGGACGACCCGCGUUUCCUGGCGAAGAGGUCGACCGAGCUCAACGGCUUCCGCAAGCAAUUCUCGCGUCAUCGCAGCUUCACGUACGGCGAGGGUAAGAGGCAAUCUCUGAGCCACAACCCGGCCUCGAGAGGCGCUGCGCGACAGUCGAUCAAGGAAGAGGAGGAUCCGUCUUCGUUCAUGGAGGAAUCGCCGUGUCCGGGCGGUGCCUCGAAGCUUGGAACCCGACUGUUAGCAGCUGAAGCUCGGCGCAAUUGCAGUUCAGUGGUGGUUUCAUCAGCAGAUGGAAUCGCGGCCGAAGAUGGUGCGACGGCAGUAGCAGCGGCGGCGGCUGGGGAUACCAGUUUCGGCAGUGUUGGCGACUCUUCCUUCGAGGACGGUAUCGGUGACAGUCCGUGUGCUGCCGCCGGCAGUCGCAAACCGGCGAUGAUUCUGCAGCCUCGCAUGGGCUCGCUCGGGAUCGCCCGUCGACCGUUGCUGCGUGCUGGGACUACGGGAAACAUUCUGCCUCAAUACCUGUCCUAA